GCGCGCACCGAAAGGCGGGGCAAGGAGUGGCUUCCGGGGCUCCGCCUCCCCCUCUUCGCGGCGCUGCUCUGGGCUGGAGCUUCAGUUCCGGCCCUCGGGCGAUAGUUGGAUUCAGGAUGGCGUCGGACCCGGAGGACCGCGGGACUGCCUGCACGCUGGAGUUCGCGGUGCAGAUGACCUGUCAGAGCUGCGUGGACGCGGUGCGCACGUCCCUGCAAGGGAUCGCAGGUGUCCAAAGUGUGGAGGUGCAGUUGGAGAACCAGAUGGUCCUGGUGCAGACCACCCUGCCCAGCCAGGAGGUGCAGGCCCUUCUAGAAGGCACUGGGAGGCAGGCGGUCCUCAAGGGCAUGGGCAGUGGCCUGUUGCAGAAUUUAGGGGCAGCCGUGGCCAUUCUCGGGGGGCCUGGCCCUGUGCAGGGAGUGGUGCGCUUCUUGCAGCUGACCCCUGAGCGCUGCCUAAUCGAGGGGACCAUUGAUGGCCUGCAGCCUGGGCUGCAUGGACUCCACAUCCAUCAGUUCGGGGACCUCACGAGGAACUGCAACAGCUGUGGGGACCACUUUAACCCUGAUGGAAUGUCCCAUGGGGGCCCCCAGGACUCUGAACGGGUAAGUGUUGGUCUUGGGCUGGCAGAGAACCCAAGAUCUCAGAGGCACGGCAGGCGGGGGAGUCUUUCUCCCUCAUUUUAUUUUGUUCGGUUUAAAAACAUUUAUAGACACUUCCUGUGCUCAAGGCCUGACCCUGUCUCACAGCCUGGUGAGGGAGACACUCGGAACUCCAUGGUUGCGGCACAGCCAGAGCAUCUUUGCAGGAGCCUCCGGGAGGCCCUGGGAACCCAGAGCAAGCUCCAGAUCCAGUCCGAAGGGCACAGGCAGUGGGAGAGAGCUUCCCAGAGAAGGCCUCCCUGGGUGUUGGCCAGAGACCUCAGUCCUGUGCCCCGUGAGCCUUUCCCUAGGGCAGCACACAGCACUGCAGCUGCCUGUCCUCAGAGCCAGAGAGAGAAGGCGUCUAAAACCCAAGCCAACUCCUUUUGAAACCUAACCUCGGAGGUGAUACCUGGCCCAGGCCACACUCAGCAGGUGUGACUCCAGGGGGUGCAUCCUCAAGGCCGUCUUCCUCACUCAGCCUUGAAAGGUGCUGAGCAGGUGAGGCAGGGAGAGUGGGAGCGGAGGCUCAGCAUGGGAUGCCCAGCAGACAGAGCCCUGGAGGCAGGAACCCUCGAGACUGGGUUCUGGGAGGAAGUGGAGUUUCAAAGGCCAAGAGGCUGCCUUGGCCUGGGCCUGCUAGGGGUGGGGCAUCUGAAGGGUCUGGUGCCAGCUGCUCCAUUGUCCCCAAGCCCUUGUACAGACGGAGGAAAACUUGAGCAAGGGCUCCAUGACCAAAGCCACCAUGAUGACUGGCACGUUCCUUUGGGAUUUCAGCAUCUGGUUUUGCCCAAACGGAAGUGAAUUCAGUGAGGGGAUUUGUAUCCAAGCCUGGUUGUCCCUUUGCACGUCUCCUAGCUGGUUUCCAUGCUUCCUUCCGCCCUCCCACUGCCGCUCCAGUCCUUCCCCUCCCCCUCCGUGCGCUGCAUUUAAGAAAUUGAUCCAAAGCAUGGGGUAACCAUGUCACACCCCUCCUGAAACCCUUCUUGACUCCCCAGUCCCCGAGGGUACAGAUCCCACGGGGCUGCAUGGUGUGACAUUCGGCGCCACCUGGCCCAGUUCCACCCACCCGUGUGCACAGGAGGGACCUUCUGCCUGAUGACACCUCUGAGCCACAUACCGGGUGCUCACUCCCUCCGCCCCUAGAAACUCCUCCCCAUCCCUUACCUUCCCACCACAAAAGGCCCCAACACCAGGUGCAACAAAAAGUGCCAGGUGUCGGCAACAGAGGUCCCCCAGGAAAACAAGAUAAAGCAGAGGUGGCCCUUCUCGCUGCUUGCUCAUCAGCCCCAUCACGUGGCAACAUCCUUUGUGACCAGCCCAAGGCAAGGCCAUGGGUACCAGUCCAUGUUGGCAGGGAUCCUUCUGCCCAAAGUGUCAGGUUGGGGACAGUUUAUUUGCACAAAUCCUACUGUGACUCGCCAGUAGGGUCUUGUCACAGGGAAACACACUCACUGUUGCGCUAACCCUGUGUUUUGCAACCACUAGUCUGUUCCAUGUCUGGUUCCCCACAGUGUUCCAAACCCCCUGAGGGCGGUUGACCACAUAUGCAUCCCCAACCCCCAAACCCCACCUGGCAGAGGGUGACUGAUGUAGGAAGUGCUCAGUAGCUGUGUUGUUGUUAUUUUAGUUGCUAAGUCGAGUCUGACUCUUUGUGACUGUACAGACUGUAGCCCGCCAGGCUCCUCUGUCCGUGGGAUUUCCCAGACAAGAAUACUGGUAUCAAAAAAAAAAAGAAUACUGGUAUCAGUUGCCAUUUCCUUCUCCAGGAGAUCUUGCCAACCCAAGGAUCGAACUCAUUUCUCCUUCACUGGCAGGCAGAUUCUUCACCACUGAGCCACCAGGGAAGCCCCCAGUAGCUGUGUUAGCACAUUUUUAUACCUUCAAGAGGAAGGGUGGGCAGAAACAGUCUUGGGGGCAGGAUAUGUCCUCUGCUCCUGUGUUUCUUCUCUCUGUUCCUGGAGGCCGGACGUCAGGGAAGGGAUGCUGGCUGUCUCUGAUGGUCAGGAAGCCAAGCUUGGCCAACUUAAGCGCAGGGGAACUGCAGACUGCCAGGGGCUGACAGAGUCAUCGGGAGGCUGGAGAACUGGGCUUGCAAAGAAGCAGGAAGCGGGGUCAAUACUGAGGCUGGGAUGCAGACUGGGCAGAUAGCUCGUAGGGGAAGCUACCUCUGGGGUAGUGGCGUGACUUCCUAGGCAGGGUCUCUGUGGCCAUGUGGCCACAUGUGGCCAUGUCCAGUGUGCCGUCCUUCUACCCAGGAUUUUAGUUCCAGGGAGAGAGAGUUCAGUUGCCUUCUGUGUGUCCUGGGCUGUCGCUUCAUCCUACCAGACUGAACCUGUAGGAGGAGACUGCUACUCUGGGGAAGGGGAAUGAGACACUGGGAAGCCAGAAGUCAGCCGCCGUGUCCCAUGUGCCCUCUUCCCCGGCUCUUA